AUGUCGUCGAGGACUGCUGCUGGGCGAAGACGCCUCCAAAGCGGGCAAGUGCAGACGAUCUCACCUACGCUACUUUCUCCGAAGGCCCUGUUCGGAUUUCGAUCAAAGUCGAAGGAUCAGAGGCGCACUCCGAGGUCCUCGCCAACACCGCCUUCCCCACAACGCCCAUCGGUGCACUUCACGCCGUCUACGGAUGAUCCGCCGUCUAUUCGUCAGCGUCGGGCCUCGGGUCCACCCCAAUCCGAUGAACAGCGCAACCCAUCCCAUCCUCGUCCACCUCCUUCCCCGAUACGCACCGCACCUCUCUCCCCACUUCCUCCGUCCUCGCCCCGAUCAAGAAGCACCAUGCAACUACCUCCGAGUGCCGAAUCAGCAUCUUCCGCCUGGCGCGCGGAGGAUGCGCCAGCUCAGGAAGGCCGUGCGCCUAUCUCUCCCACGACACGAGGUGGGCACCUCCGCGAUAAGGCCCCCGGCUCCCCCGCCCCGCGCGCGCCGCUGUCCCCAGGCGCACGAAACGCGCUCUACUUUGACGACUCUAUAUCCCUCUCACCCGUCUCCUCCCCCGAGCGCACGCCCUCCGAGUUCCUCGCUCCCGGUCCCUACGGCGGCGAGAACGCACCCUCGCCCGCGACUUCCAUUUAUAGCCUCGCCAAGGUCCCCAGCGCUACCUCGUCUUCCUCCUCGAAGAGAAGCAUCGACUCGAAGCGCUCAAUGGACUCGGACUUUGUCACGAGCCCGGAUUCGCCAACAAAGUUCGUCUUCCCCUCCGGCCGCUCGGUGGUGAAGCCUAAAGGGCCUGGGCCCAAAUUCGGUCGGAAAACGCCGAAGACCGGUACGCGUGUUGAGUCACCCACCCUCACGCCGGUUGGGUCGCGCACAUCGGCUGAGACCGUCGCCGCCGACCUUAGGCGCACUCGCGCGUUGUCGACCUCUACGGCUACCUCCUCCGGCACUGCGAUGUCUGCAAGAACCUCGCGCUCAGGAUCCAGCACGGACACUACAUCACCCGCGUUCGUAUUCCCGACUUCUCGAACUCGAGCGAAUCCCGCCUUUCGACCCGCUGUACGAUUGACGCCGAAGAUUCCAGUGCGACGGGGACGAGCACGGGAUCUAGCCGCAGGCUCAGAAGAACGUGAUUACUCUCCGAUGGAGAACACCCUGUCUUCUGCCGCAGGCAAUCGGGAAUCGGUGGCAACGGCAACUGAGCGUCGAGCACGAGCUCGAUGCAUUCAUCUCCGCGUUGGCGAGUACCCCUUCGACCAGUACAGUGCAGAAGUGCAGAAGUGGGAGAGGAGUACGCAUGAACUGCUUCGUUCACUCAAGCCGCCAGAUAGUCCAAGCUUUCACGAUUAUGGUCAUCUACCGCCGAUGACUCUGCUCGACCUCGGCUGUGGACAAGGCUGGUGGAUGCUCGAAGCCGCGCAUGCGUGGCGGGGACACGGCACACAGGUCAUUGGCUUCGACCUCGUCGAUACGACGUCGGAAAUGUGCGCGCAAGCGGUACGGCUAGGUCUCUCAGAUAACAUGCGCGUGAUAGUAGGGAAUUUUCUGACACAGCCGCUGCCCUUCGAAGACGAGACCUUCGACCUCGUUCGCAUGGCCGACCUCACGUACGCAAUCCCUUUUGACCAGUGGGAACAAGUUCUUCGAGAAGUGAAGCGUGUGCUUGCUGUCGGUGGUCGUCUCGAGCUCAUCGACGACGACGUGUUCUUCCCCUAUAGUGACACCACGCUUCUUCCCGCGCAACGCUGGUCCUACAGUAUCAGUUCCCCUUCGCGCUCACACUCUCCGCAAUCGCGACGCACGACAACGUCUUCCUACGUAUCCAGCUCACAUAGCGGCUUCGAUAGCGCCAGUGAGGCUGAGUCCAAUACGCUCUACACCGACUCGUUCAUCACCACCGCCGAUACCGAGACCAUUAGCAGCCCUCGAGAACCUCCAGAUGCGCGCACCACGGCUCUACGAACUGCCUCCGAGGAAGUCGAGGCGCUCUUCGGGUACAUGGUCAACCACAAGCUGGGUUUGAACCUACGACUGCACGCCUUCCUCUUUGACGCGCUGCAGCGCAUCUUCGGCGGGCUGGCGCGUGAGGUUGACACCAUGCGCCUCGGCGUCGAAGGUUUCCCUAGCGCGGCGUCGGGUCUGGUCCUUUGGCCAUCGACGUGCAUACCGAUGCGCGCUGCGGAUGUUGAGCAGCAUGCGAUGCGCCAUUGUCGGACGGUGCUCAUGUGCAAGGAGCUUAUGACCGAGUACGCGCUCGAGGUUUCGAACGAGGAGGACAUCGACGAUGAGACGAUCUCGGAGGCGCUUUGGGACUACGCUGAGUUUCUGCCCCAACGCUUCGGCAUCGCGUCGUCGAAGCGCGAGAGCGUAUGCACAAUCAAGCGCGAGACUGUUGUAUCCAGAGCGACGCGCCGCGACUCAACUGCAUCAUUGGAAUCCAGCCUGGACGCACUCAUGGAGUACCAAUCGGAGUUCCGUGGCAUGUUCGCGACAUCGUCAUCCGAUGAUGAGGAUGACUCUCAGGAAGCCGGCUGUCCUGCUCCUGAGGCCAGCGAAACAAACCGCAAGCCGUACGAGCCAGUCGCCGAUCUCACGCACAUACGCACAAUACGUGUUUUUGAAGCUGUGAAGACGUCUCCUUGAUGUUUUCAUUCGCCCCGUCCGGUCUUUACCCUAAACUACACUCGACCCGUCCUGUUAACCCGCUCGUUGGACUGUGGC